UCUUCAAUUGCUAGCUAGCACCAGCUUUUCCACUAUAGCCUGCAUGGACGGCAACAACAACACUCCUCCACGUUCUGGCCGUCACAGUUCCGUCGCUACCAAUACGAGCACGGAGGAUCGUCCGGUGGUAAUAGGGCACAAACGCGGAGCCAUCCUGUGGGGAUGCCACCUGCACGUGCCCAUUUGCCGGGGGGACGAAAGGAUGCUUCCCGUCACGGCUAAGCAGCUAAACGACGCAGCUGCCAACGAACGGGAUGGGUUCCCCCCGGAAAUUUCCGGUGUGAGGCCAACCACACUAAGCGCAUGUUAAACCGAGCUACGUUUUUUUGAAACUUGAGACCAGAGGCUGUCAUUGUGAAUUACUGAAGAGUACUUCACAGCGGGUACUCGUACGUGUAAUUAAUGAAUGUACGAACACGCGUGCAGGUGCGCCUCGUUGGCCAACGAUGGGCUGUACGAACGUUUAGUGAAAAGGUAUGCUUCCAGCUCGACGACUGUACCAGGCACGUGACUUGCACGUACUGGUUAACCGGGCUGCCAUCGGAUAUGGACGUUGCGACCACCGGAGAAUCGAAUUUCAUAGAGGUCGUGGGGUGCCCGGAGGUAAAAGACUGUAGACCAAGCGUCAUAGUAUCGAAUUUCAGGGAAAUCACAAACUUCAAUGACGUAACGCAGCACUACUUGUAUUGCAUAUACACGCAUCUCGACCUGCGGAGGCCUCCAUCACCAAGUAGCGCGAAGCUCAUCGAAGACGUGUAUGAAAUCGUCAGAGACUAUACUGAUGAGGGGGAUCCUGGACUCACAUUUAGGUUCAUCGCAAAUAGUGUUAAUGCCACUGAACCUGUGCUAAGGGCGGCCAUCAACAAACUCAUUGAGCAGCGCAGGAUCCUUCGAGUGAUCGGAGAUGACAGAUACAUAUUAGCACACCGAUAGCGAGGCUUUUUCCUACAGAUAGUUGUUCCUUGGCAAUACCGCACGUUGCCUCUUGAAGGUUAAUUGCUCGCGAGGGACAACUGGUGGUUAGGUGAUUUGCAUUUCCGUUUUAUCUAGUGUCACGGUGUUGCGUCCCGUCCCCGCUGAAUGCCAUAAUGUGGCAACUUUAUUAGUAUCUACUGUAUAAUAAGUGCGCACCUUGAAUUGUUCUGAUGUUAA